AAAUCAGUCGGAUUGCAAUAGCGCAAAUCCCCAAUUCCCCAAUAGCAGGUAGUCUCUCUCUUGAAUCCUAAAAUACCCUUGAUCUAACCCUAUAUUUUCCUUCCACAGAUUCUUCCAAUAAUCAUUCCCAAUGGCUGCGAUUUACAGCCUGUUAAUCAUCAACAAAUCCGGCGGACUGAUUUUCUACAAGGACGGAUGGACACGAAUGACAGCUUGCGUUUGGCGAGCUUAUGGCAUUCGAUGCACGCCAUCUCUCAACAACUGUCUCCGAUUGUUGGAUGCACUGGCCUUGAACUCCUGGAGGCCGACACAUUUGAUCUCCAUUGCUUUCAGUCACUUACAGGAACAAAAUUCUUUGUUGUCUGCAAUCCUGGGUCACCGCAUAUGGAAGGACUUCUGAAACUCAUCUAUGAACUAUAUACAGAUUAUGUCCUUAAGAAUCCUUUCUACGAAAUGGAAAUGCCAAUCCGAUGUGAACUAUUUGACCUGAACGUUUCGCAAGCAAUCCAGAAGGAUCGUGUUGCUUUGAUAGGUAGAUGAGCAAGAACCAGCGAAUGUAUUAAGGGAAUCUAGAAAUGAGAUCUUCCAUGAACUUGUUUUCAGAUAUCAGUUCAAUGGAUUAGCUUGUCUUUUUAUUGGGCAUCUUGAAGAAUAUGUGCAUAUUGAG